AAAAAAAAAUUAAAAAAAAAAAUCUAUCCAUAUUAAUUAAACACCAAUACAAUGGUUUGUAAAUGGUAGAUGGUAGAUGGUAAGGUGAACACGGAAGCGAAUGUUGAGAUUCCGGUUAUAAAAGCGUGGGACAAAAAACGUAGUGUUCAUUGCUCGACGACGAGAUCCAUGAAGAUUUCAAGUCACUUUAUUCUAUUGUUCAUUGUUGGAAUUAUUACGAUGGUUAUUGCAAUGCCAGCCGAUGGAAAUCGUAUCGGAACGUGUAUAAGAAAUUGUGCGCAAUGUAAGAAAAUGUUUGGUCCGUACUUUGAGGGUCAGUUGUGUGCAGACACAUGCGUCAAGUUCAAGGGAAAAAUGAUUCCGGAUUGCGAGGACGCCGACUCAAUUGCACCGUUCAUCGUACCACUCGAGAACGAGUAGGCGUUUUAUUUAUUUAUAUAAGUACAUGCAUUUUUUUUUGUUUAAUUAAAACAACGUUUUCUUUUGUCUUUAGUUUAAUUCAUUAUUUAUUUAUUUAUUUUUUUUUUUAAUAUUCUCAAUAGAUUAUCACUUCCU